UUAAUUAUUACAGUCGUGUUUAUUUUUCAUUGAAUCAACAAUGUAUUAAUUUUAUUUAGAUCUACGAAGUCCCUAUUGCAUUCCAUUAUACGCUAGUUCAGUAAGUUGAUCUAUCCGUAUUGAUUUUAUCGAUUAGUUCGGUCAAUGUAAUCUUAAUUAUUUGUAUUCGCAAGUCAUAUCACAAGUCGCCAUUCUUCAAUAAUAAUCAACACACAAACCAAUGAUAGCUGCCAUAGCACCAGUUGAAGCAUUCUUCUUUUACUGCCAACGAUUAUACGGCACAGCACUAAAAGUCCAAGGGAAAUGCACAAAACCAAAUAUGAAGUUAUUCGUUCAUAUCGCUUUUUAGCAAUCGUUCGAAGCAGACAAAGAUGCACGUGUCAGCGCUUCUACAUACAUUUCUAUCUUCCGAAAAUUCUCCCAACAGACUAUUUGUUGCCAGUGCAGGCUGCCGGGGCAAAUUCGAGAACGUGGCUAGGGCGCAUGCGUCACUGGCUGAUUCAAGAUGGCCGCCUCCAAGGCGUUCGAAUCGGCCGGUUAUUAGAUUGGUUGUUGGGCGAAACACAGAGCUGCUCUCUCGGUCCCUUAGCUCAUCGCUGUUGUCAGGGACUGAUCGGCACUAUUCGCGUGCACUGUAUGUGUCCUGUAGGUGAUCUGAGAACGUGCAUGGGAAGAAGUUACACACCCCUCUCUCAGUCGGCAUGUCGUCGUGGCUGAUAUGUACGCGCGAUUAACAGCAACACAUCAGGUUUUAUCACAGAGUCCGAAAAAAAUUGUAGUUCACGACGAGGUGCGCUAGUCAUCGUUGGGAUUUGGCACUGCCGGUGUCGCCACCAUUAGUCGGUGUUUCGUAGUGAUUUCAUCAUCUAAAAUAAAAAAUGAGUUCCAGUGAUAACGACCAGGUGACGGUAGACUUCGCCGUAGUGGGUGGCGGGAUCGCUGGUGUGACCUGCGCUCAGCAGCUCUGUCUAUUCAACCCUGGUAAGUGUGUCACGCUUGUAUCAGCCUCACCUGUCCUCAAAGUGGUUGCCGAUAUCGCUAAAAUAACAAAAAACAUCGAAGAGUUAAGUGUAACCGAGGCAGCCGGUUCGGAUCUCGAGAGCCAGUACCCCAAUUUGAAAGUGAUCAUCGCGCGCGUAGAUGACUGGGAUCCAUCCACGAAACAGCUAAAGCUGUCGACUGGUGAGCCACUUUGUUAUUACAAGCUGUGCAUAUGCUGUGGGGCUACCCCGAACCGCAGUUUCGAUUCCCCUGGGGUGCUCGUUAUCAGGGACACGGAGACGGUGAACAGCUUACGUGAGAGAUUGUUGUGCGCGCAAGACAUUGCCGUUAUCGGAAAUGGCGGUAUUGCUACUGAACUCGUGCAUAAAAUCAACAAUUGUCGCGUUCACUGGCUAAUUCGAACCGAGUCGAUUAGCUCGCCCUUUUUGGAUGCUGCAGCUGGGAGAUUUCUUUUGGAGAGCAAUUCUCCCAAGGACUCAUCAUCCGACAUACACGAGUGCCCCGUGUAUAAGAGGAUGCGUUACGUUGUAUCAGAGAGUGGCGAAAAAAAAGUCAAGUUCGGCACAGCUCUUGGUCCCGACUGGGCGGAGAAUUAUAAACUUAUCGGCAGUGCUGCAGAUAAAAAUAUAUCGAUACAGUACAACGUAGAGGUCGAGUCUGUGAAUUGUCUGGACAGUCAGGGGCGAUAUGAAGUCCGAUUGUCAAGUGGUAAAGUAUUAGUCGUAGAUCUUGUUGUAAACGCUACUGGGGUCGUUCCGAAUCCCGGUUGUUUCGGAAAGCAUCUGGAUUUAGCGGAUGAUAAAGGCAUUAUUGUAGACAGCAACUUCGAAACAUCCUGCAAAGAUGUCUACGCCGCGGGUGAUGUUUGCGUCUUGCGAACGAAUGAGGAGCUGUGGUUUCAGAUGCGCCUCUGGACCCAGGCGCGUCAGAUGGGGGACGCUGCAGCUCGUGCCAUGACUGGUGCCGACCAAUUAAUACCAUCAUACUUUGAAGUAUUUGCCCAUUCCACACAUUUCUUUGGAUAUAAAGUGAUCCUUGUUGGUUUGUUUAAUGGACAAAAACUCGCUGAGGGCGGGUACGAGGUAUUGGUAAGAAUAACUCCGAAUAAAGAGUACGUCAAAAUGGUACUAAAGGAUGGUCGUAUAAAGGGAGCAAUCCUUAUAGGAGAAACAGAAAUGGAGGAAGUCACCGAGAGCUUACUCUAUAGUCAACUGGAUCUCACCAAUGUCAAGGACAAAUUACUAGAUCCUAAUAUCGAUUUCGAAGAAUAUUUUGACUAAAGCAUUGAAAUGUCCCAUCUUGUAUGUAAUUUAGCAACAGAGUUAUUAAUAGCAGAUCAGUACUUUAUAGUACUAAGCAAACCUUAUUUAUAUUCAAGGUAUAAAUUUAAACUAAGAAAGGUAUUGUGAAUCAAUACGGCGUCUGGACUCCUUGACGCCGUCAUAUUUUUUCUUCAGAACGGUAUUAUUGUUAAUGUUCUUUUGUUGUUGCUUCUUCAUCACGGUAAAAAGCACGAAUCGCUGAUAUAAUUUUCGUAACCGAGGAGCCUUAUUCUUGCAAAUAUGAAAGUGGUUGAUCACAUCUUACUCUACAUUUUGUUCCAUUCAUUUUAAACUAAGUUUUUAUCGUUUAUUUUGCGAAUUGCAAGCUAUAAAUAUACUAUCAAGGUGCUCUUCGGUAUCAUUGUUUGUAGCUGCCCGUUCCUGUGUGUUAACUAAAUAGGUAUUAUGAACUUGUGUCAGCCAGUUCUUUGAAAUCACCGAACUGUGCGUUCACGUCCAGUAUGAAAAGUGUGCCAGUCAGCCAUUAGCCAUUGGUGACCUAGAAGUGAAUUGCACUUAUUUGUUAUAUACCAUAUUUGUUUUUGAAGUAGUAAUUAUAACACUGACGAAUA